AGACUCUACAUGUCUCCGUCGCCACGGCAACCGAUGCUUUUUUUCUCCCCUCCUCUCACUCUGUAUCUCCCCCUUUUCUCUCUGCCUCCCUCUCUCAUUCCCUCUCUCCACUGCCAGAGGUAGGCAUCAUAACUGAUAUGUGUCGGUGUGUCUGUGUCCGUCUCCUCGGUUUGCUCGUGUGUCUCUCGGAGUGACAUUUCUGUGGCAUUUAAGCGGCAGCAGCAGCAGCGGCGGCGGCGGCGGCGGCAGCAGCAGCGCGCAUAGGAAGUUACCGGUCUGCGCGCAAAGUGCCAUAUAGAGUCCUGGCUCCGUGCAUGACGCCUCUAAUGAUGAUUAAUGUGCUGUGCCCAGGUGUGUGCACUGUAAAUGUGUGUGACGGACAGACAGACAGACAGACAGACGGACGGACAGUGAGUGUGCGCUCCUGCCUGUGUAUGUGUUUACUGUAUGGGCAUGUGGCGCGUAAUUGAGCGUUAAAUUAUAAAGCCCAGGGGAGAGUGUGAUUUUUUUUUUUCUUUUUAAAAAGUGACAGAGUUGGCACUGCUGCUGUCUGUGUUUACAUGCUAAUAGAAGAGAGAAAAAGCCGGACCCUCCUCCUUCUUGCUCUCUCCCUCUCUUUUUCUUUUUCUUCUUCUUCUUCUCUCUCUCGCUCUCUCUCUUGCCCCUCUGUCCUGUCUUCCAGAGAGAGAUGAUCGGAGGAGCGGAGUCUCAGUGAACACAGCGAAGCGAUGGAGAGAUGCUCCAUCUCUCCUGUCGCACGACUGACCGCCCUCCGCUGCCUCGUUCCCCUCUUCCUGGUUGGUCUGGUGGCGCAGCUCUCCACCUGUAACCGUGACGAGGGCGAGGAGCAGGUGGACGCCCUGUCGGUCCAGCUGUCCGUCACGGCCCAGGUCACACCCACCCCUCUGUGGGCGGUGGACUGGGGUCCCACGCAGCCCGUGGAGGACGAGACCUACCACUUCCUCUCCAGCCAGGAGAACGACCCCCUGCGCCAGCAUGGGAGCCAGCAGGAGGCCAGCACCGCCGCCUCCGAGGACUGGCCUUAUUAUCCUGACGCGAGCGCGCAGCCCCGAGAGGAGCCACCGCUGGAGUCCAGGGACCGGGAGGGGGUGGAGGACGGAGGGACGGAGGCGGAGGAGACGGAGCCUGAGGAAGUGGACCCUCAGUUCUACGUCACCGUGACCAUCUCCUCCCUGCUCAUCCUGACGGCGGUCGUCAUCACAGCCAAACUCUGGAUCCCAGUUGUGAACCUCUGAGAUGACUGUUUCCACAUGGUAAACAUUUCUUCGGGGGCCUGAGGAGCAACAUCAACAUGACCAGAGGGUGUGCCCGCAGCACCGCUUUAUUUUCUCUGAAACUGUGAAAUGAAUUCAGGGAUCCCAGGUAUCCAGCCAUCGCGAAACUCCUCGGCUCCCCUGAGGUCUGACAAACACCCAAACUCAUCUCCCCGCUGCUCCCUCCUUCCUUCCGUCCUUCCUCUGUGCUCGGUGUAAAUUUCUUUUAUGUGGCUCUGCGUCACUGUAACCCGCUCCCUCUGUUUUCCAUCCCCUGUAUGGCCCCAAGCUGUGCCAAGCUACCCAACAGCUCUGCGUCUCGACCUGCCUUGACUAACUCACAAACAAGGAGUUUAACAGCCGUGUAACAUCCCAUUACCCCUGAAAUGCCCUACCUGUGCUUCCACAGCAACACGGGAAGCUGCUCACUGUUCAUUCUAAUCCAGCGGUCUCUUUGUCAUGCUCGUAUCUGGUUUGCAAAUGGUUAAAAAGCCAUUCUCAGCAUCUCCAAACACCGAGCGGGGUAUUUUACAAAGCUGUUUGGCACGGCUUUAGCCAACAGGCAAUGUGUUUAACAUGUCACGCUCCAAAAACUGCUGUUUAUUCCCCGCUUUGGGCGUCUGAAAUGCAAAUAGUGUGGCUUUUUUUUUUCUCCUCUGCAAUGUGUAGAGGAGUCUGUUUUGUUUCGUUUUUUCCUCAUGAUUUGUUCUCUUAAUUAUCUGGCUUACGUUCACCUCUUUGUCGUGCCUCUACGAGCAGCCUUUGUUUCUGCUGGACUGUGUUGAGGUGUGUUAAGCAUAGAGUUCUUCCAGCCGCGGAGAUAAAAUAAAAUAUUCAGAGCGGGGACGGAUAGAGGAGGCACUCCUGUUUAAAAUCAAUGAUUCCCAAAGGUUUCGGAUGGUGCAGAGCAAAGACAGAUUUAUGUCAACAUGGAAAUGAGCAUCUGUGAACUAUACGCGCGAUCAAAGGACUCAUGUUACCACGACAAGGAAUCUUUUUCCACCUGACAGCAAAGUAUCUCAAUCUGGAAAACAAAACCUCCAUCAUCUCCCUUCAUAUCAUCAUAUAUCAGCUGUCUUGGGUGCACCAAAGGAAAGUAGUACAUCAAGGAGCAUCAUUUCUGUCUCUACAAUCAGUCUGCAUGUAUACAGUAAGAAAAACCUGUGAGAGUUGCUUCAAAUCUAUUAUUUAUAAAUGUCUAUUUUAUCUAACAGUGAGUGAUAGCUUACAGAAUCUCUCAAAGCCAAAUGUCAGUAUGUGUUUGGCAACUUUUCUAAGCGUCUUAGAGACAUGACCCCCAACUUACACACAUUUCCACUACAGACAUAGUGCUGGUGGCAUCAUGCGUGGCUCGUGCAAUCCUCCAGAUACCCAGUCUUGUGAUUUUUAGUAGCAAAUUCCUGUAGAAAUGUGGUCUUUCUGUACCAUGGAAAUUAAAUAAAAAACUCAACACUGGCGUUUUA